UCCAAUCUAAUAUUUUUAAGUGUUUAUGGCCAGUAAUUUAAAGACUAAGAUGCAGUUUCUUAGGGCAGCCGGUAGUAACGGGCGUGCUAUGAGCAAAUUAGUUGGUAAGGCAGAUAAGCAGCUCAACAAAGGCAAGGUCGAAGAACCGAUUAGAAGCCGAGAUGGGUGCUGGGUCCCGCACCCUCGGUCGGGAAUAUAUUUUCCAGCCGGGCAAGAGUGGGUCAUGAACGACGUCCCCGAGAAUGCAGCCGUGUUUAACCGCACCUAUUGGCUUAGGAGUGUAGAUGGGGUGGACCAAUCUGAUCAACCUAAUUUAAUUACCUCGGCUGCCCCUGCCGCCAUCUCCUGAUCAAUUAAUAAUACA